UUCGAAACGUGCCCGGCAAGGUACAGGCAAACCACAACUCACAAGCAAACAACUGUUCAGGAUGAUCUUGCAAUUAUUCGCACUGGGUGGGCUCUUCGCUUUAGCUGGCUGCUACGCGCUACCGACACGUGAUGCUGAGCGGCACAUGCAUCCGGUGUAUGGCGGAGCAGCAGCCCCUCAGCAGGCAACGCGCUUCAAGCGCGGGUACAUGCCCGAGAUGGCGUUCGCAUCGCAAAGGGUGGAGCAGUACGCCGACUACUGGCGCAGCAUCGCCCACCAGACGCUGGAGCAGCAGCUGGAGAGCAAAAUGAGGCCCAACACGCAGCUGGCCAAGAACGUGAUGCUGUUCUUGGGCGACGGCAUGUCCAUACCAACCAUCACCGCCGGUAGGGUCUAUCUGGGUGGCGAGGAGAAGCAGUUCUCCUUCGAGCAGUUCCCGUAUGUGGGCCUCAGUAAGACCUACUGCGCCAACAUGCAGGUGGCCGACUCGGCGUGCACGGCAACCGCUUACCUGGGCGGCGUCAAAGCCAACUAUGGCACCGUGGGCGUUACGGCUGCUGUCCGCUUGAAGGAUUGCCAGGCCCAAGUGCAGCCUGAGAGUCGUGUCGCAUCCAUCGCUGCCUGGGCACAGCGACAGGGCAUGGCCACUGGCCUCAUCACAACGACAUCCGUGAGUCAUGCCUCCCCCGCAGGUGUCUACGCCCAUGCCGCCCAUCGAGACUGGGAGAACGAUGCUGAUGUCAAGGCGGAUAAUGCUGAUCCCACAAUUUGUACGGACAUUGCGUCACAGCUGAUCAACGGGGACGUGGGACGAAAUCUGAACGUGAUCUUGGGCGGCGGCAGGCAAAACUUUCUACCUGAGCACGUGAUAGAUCCAAGCGGCGUCUUCGGCAAGCGCAAAGAUGGCCGCAAUCUGAUCGAGGAAUGGCAGCGGCAACACACCAACAGCGCCCACUACGUGCACACGCGUCGCCAACUACUGGAGCUGAACAACCAGACAUCGCGAGUGCUUGGCCUGUUCGCCCCCUACCACAUGCCGUAUCAUCUGGACGCCGAUGCCGUGGAUCAGCCAACAUUGGAGGAGAUGGUGCAGGCAGCGCUGGCCAUACUGGAGCGACAGAGCGCCGGUCGAGGCUACUUCCUGUUCGUGGAAGGCGGACGCAUCGACCACGGCCACCACAACACGUUGGCACUGCGCGCCAUCGACGAGACGGCGGAGUUCGACAAGGCGGUGCAUUGGGCGCGCACGCACAGCAGCGUGGAUGAUACUCUGAUUGUGGUCACCUCGGACCACUCGCACACCAUGUCGCUGGCGGGCUACUCCAGUCGCAAGAACGACAUAUUCGGCAUCAACGAUGGCCAGUUGGCUGCGGACGACUUGCCCUAUGCCACGCUGAGCUACGCCAAUGGCCCCGGCUACAACAGCAACUUCCUGAAGGAAGAUGACGGUGCUGUCAAGCGCAAGAACCUGCGCUCGCUCAACAUGAAGAACAAGGACUUUAUGUUCCCUACCGCCGUGCCACUGGAGUCCGAGACACACGGCGGGGACGACGUCGCCGUCUUCGCCAGUGGCCCGUACUCCCACCUCUUCACUGGGGUGUUCGAGCAGCACUACAUACCGCACGCCAUGGCCUAUGCUUCCUGUCUGAGCGAGUCGCGCAGCAUGUGCUCAGACACCAGUAUUACUCGACUUUGGAGCUCCUAGAUUACUUUAAAAACAAUAGCGAUUAUUGUAUUUAUGUAUGUAACUUAUGACCAGCACUUCUAUUAAGUAAGGUAUUUAAUGCAACAGGUUAGGUUUUAAA